GAAAAUCAGAUCCUAGGUUCCUCGCGAACCCAGGAUCCUCCUUCCUUCGGCCUUCCUUAGUAGGUUAAAUACCCAUUUCUCCUUUCACCAUUUCCGACUUGGGUUUUGAGCAAGAGGGACAGACAUGCGUUGCCAGGUUGACGAUGCACAAUUCGUUCGCCAGGUUGGGGGAGAAGUCGACGACAGGAUCUUUGAUUCUGGCUCCCUCAAAUCAGCAGGACUCCAUUACCAGUCAGCUCGAUGUAUGUCUUCUUAUUCUCUAUCUUGAAUGUUUUCAUAUUUACCCUUCCAAAGAGGAAAAGAAAUUGAAAACCCAAAAUUGUAGUUUUUUUAUGAAUUGAGUGGGGAUGGUUUAUUUUUAAGAAAAUCUAGCUACAGUAGUCUCCUUUUUCUUCUUAUUUCUUUGAUUCCCAUUUUUCGCAAUAAAUUAUCAAUUAAAGAAGUUCAAUCUUAG